AUGUACAACAAGACAUUGCGACACAUCCCACGCAACGAACCACGAAGAGUUCACCGCAAGUUGAGCGCACCGCACCCAAGUCUCGUCGACAUAUCUAUUCUCCGGCACAGUAUGACGGUCUCGGAUUUCCUCGAUCCACACCAGUCCCCGAAAGGCGGGCGAAUCCUCGUCGAGAUGCUUUUAGAAAGGCCGCUCCAGGGUGCUAUACAGUUUCACCAAGCCACACGCAGCGGGACCCCAAUCACUGCACAUCAUACUCACAUCAUAGGACGGUCCAUCACCGACCAAAAGCCCCAUGAUGAUGUGAUCUCUACCCCUGCGGCCGCUGCAGCUCCCGCCACCAAUGCUCCCGCCCCCCAGAAGAAGGAGCAAUCCCAAAAGGGCCCAUCUAACCGCGGUGGACGCUACUACCAGCGCGGAGGAGGAGCCAAGGCCGCUCCCCGCGAUGAGCGUGUUGCUACCCAGGAAGCCUCCACCGGCACUGGAGAUCGCUUCGCAGAGGGACGCCCCGCCGACCGUGGCCGUGGACGUGGUCGUGGACGUGGUCGCGGUGAUGGCCGAGGCCGCGGUCGUGACCCCCGACCAGACCGUCACUCGCAGUCAGGCAAAGUCGAUACCGAAAAGCGUGUCAACUCUGGCUGGGGCGCCGAGGAAGGACGCACCGAAUUGGCUGCAGAACAGUCUGGUGCUGCUGAUGCUACAGUUGACGCCGGAAACGAAUGGGGUGGCGCAGUCAAUAAUGACUGGGGUACCCCUGCUGAGGGGGGCGCAGAGAGCAAGCCCACUGAUGGCGAGGAACAAGGUGAACGCCCCCAAAAGGAGGAGGAAGAGGAAGACAAUACCAUGACCCUCACCGAGUACCUUGCAAAGAAGAAGGCCUCCGAAGCAGUUCCAGGAAAGCCUCAGGGACGCGCUGCCAAUGAGGGCUCUGAUGGAAACCUCUGGAAAGACGCAACUCAAUUUCAACGUGACGAGGGUGAGGAGAAUUAUUUUGUCGGAAAGGCCAAGGCCACACCCAAAGCUCGUGCCAAGAAGGAAGAGAAAGUACACAUCGAUAUCGAUGCACGAUUUGCUCCCAUUGAGCGUGGUGGACGCGGACGUGGUGGUGACCGUGGCCGUGGGGAGCGUGGUCGUGGCCGCGGUCGUGGCGGAGAUUCUGGACGUGGCCGCCGCACUGAAGCCAACCUCGAUGUUUCUGACGAGUCGGCGUUCCCGUCGCUCAGCUAA